UAUAUAUAUAUAGCCGCACUGUAGGUUGCAUUGGAACAGGGGUCACUGGUAAGCAGUUGUUUAAUAAUUUUUAGUUUUAUAUCAAAAAUAAAAAGCACUUUCUUGUUGACCUGCCAAGUUAGUGCAGGCUCGCUGCACUGAAGAUUUGACCCUCGUUCAUACAGCAGGGUCCCUGGACCUCGGAUUGCUGCUUUUCUUUGGCACCGGGUGGCCAGCAUUAGGAAUACAGUACUGUGUUUCAUUGUUGUUGUUCUGAGGAGUGACCGAAGAGUUUUAAAACAAAAUGGACCAGUGAACUUCAGCAUCGGCCCAUCGUUUUGAGGGGGAAGAUCGUUUGGGAUUUGUUAUUGUAGAUUUCCCAAGUUUGCAGAUUUCUUUCUAAGAAAGGAAAAACAAAAAAAACAAACGGGGGUAACUGGUCAUGGCUUCGACCAAUAACAUAUUUUCCAAUGGAUCCGUUCCCUGGAUGGGGAGUGAAACUGAGGCCAACAGCCUGUGCAGAGACCUGGAGCUCGGGACGGUCCUAACACUGUUCUACUCCAAAAAAUCUCAGCGGCCCGAGAGGAGAACGUUUCAUGUCAAGCUUGAGACGAGACAAAUCAUCUGGAGCAGAGGGACAGACAAAAUAGAAGGAGAAAUUGAUAUCCGCGAGAUCAAGGAGAUUCGAGUGGGCAGGAACUCACGGGAUUUUGAGCGCUACAUCGAGGAUACCUCUGUGCGACUGGAACACUCUCUCUGCUUUGUCAUUCUCUAUGGCACAGAGUUCCGCCUCAGAGCCCUCAGUCUCGCAGCCACUUCAGAUGAAGAGAUGACCAUGUGGGUUAAAGGCCUGAGCUGGCUUGUUGCGGACACGCUCAGUUCCUCCACACCCCUGCAGAUUGAAAGGUGGUUAAGGAAGCAGUUCUAUGCAGCGGAUCGCAGCAGAGAAGACAAGAUUUCCUCAAAGGAUUUGAAAAGCAUGCUGAGUCAGGUCAACUAUAGAGUCCCCAACAUGAGGUUUUUACGGGAGAAAUUUCCGGAUGUGGAAUUGAAGAAUGGGGAUGUCUCCUACAGCCAGUUUGCCCAGCUCUAUCGUAACCUGAUGUAUGAUGCCCAGAAAUCUAUGGAGAUUCCUUUCAUCCAAAGAGUUGACGAGAGACCAGAUCAGCAUAAAGUCACCAUGGAGGAGUUCCAGUCAUUUUUAAUUGAGUAUCAAAAGGAGCUGUGGGCUACAAACAUUGGCCAGGUCAAGCAGUACAUGAAGACCUAUCUGAAGGAUCCUCUGAGGGAGGUUGAAGAUCCGUAUUUUUACCAGGACGAGUUUCUGACGUACUUGUUUUCCAAAGAGAAUACUAUCUGGGACUCCAAACUGGACCAGGUGUGUCCCGAAGACAUGAACAACCCUCUGUCCCAUUACUGGAUCUCCUCCUCCCACAACACCUACCUGACCGGGGACCAGUUCUCAAGUGAGUCCUCUUUGGAAGCUUAUGCACGCUGCCUGAGAAUGGGCUGCCGAUGUAUUGAGUUGGAUUGCUGGGAUGGUCCAGAUGGGAUGCCAGUGAUCUACCAUGGGCACACCCUCACCACCAAAAUCAAGUUCAGCGAUGUGCUCAAUACCAUCAAGGAGCACGCCUUUGUCACAUCCGAAUACCCUGUCAUCCUUUCCAUUGAGGACCACUGCAGUAUAUUGCAGCAGAGGAACAUGGCCACCACCUUCAAGAAGGUCUUCGGAGACAUGCUGCUCACAAAGCCAGUGGACAUCUCGGCCGACGGGCUGCCCUCGCCCAAUCAGCUCAAGAGGAAGAUCCUCAUCAAGCACAAGAAGCUGGCAGAGGGCAGUGCCUAUGAGGAGGUCUCCACAUCCACCCCCUACUCUGAGAACGACAUCAGCAACUCCAUCAAGAAUGGCAUCCUGUACCUCGAGGACCCCAUCAACCAUGAGUGGUACCCUCACUUCUUUGUGCUGACGAGCAGUAAGAUUUAUUACUCCGAGGAGACCUCGAUAAACCAGGGCAGCGAGGAUGAUGAAGAGCAGAGGGAGGCGUCGAAUGGGAUGGACCUGCACGUGACAGAGAAGUGGUUCCACGGGAAGCUGGGCGCUGGGCGAGAUGGUCGUCAGAUCGCAGAGAGGUUGCUGUCGGAGUACUGCUUAGAGACUGGGGCCCCGGACGGCUCCUUCCUCGUUCGAGAGAGUGAGACGUUCGUCGGAGACUACACCCUCUCAUUCUGGCGUUCUGGCAGGGUGCAGCACUGUCGGAUCCACUCGCGCCAGGAGGCCGGCAGCCCCAAGUUUUAUCUGACUGACAACCUGGUGUUCGACACCCUCUACUCCCUCAUCACGCACUACCAGCAGGUACCGCUGCGCUGCAACGAGUUUGAGAUGAGGCUGACUGAGCCCAUCCCGCAGACCAACGCACACGAGAGCAAGGAGUGGUACCACGCUAACCUGACCCGCAGCCAGGCUGAGAACAUGCUGAUGCGGGUCCCUCGCGAUGGAGCCUUCCUGGUACGCAAGAGGACCGAGCCCAACUCCUAUGCCAUCUCCUUCAGGGCUGAAGGGAAGAUCAAGCACUGCCGGGUGCAGCAGGAAGGCCAGCUGGUGAUUCUGGGGAACUCUGAGUUUGACAGCCUGGUGGAUCUGAUCAGCUACUUCGAGAAGCACCCUCUGUACCGCAAGAUGAAGCUGCGUUACCCCAUCAAUGAGGAGAUGCUGGAGAAGAUCGGGACUGCGGAACCUGAUUAUGGAUCUCUCUAUGAAGGACGCAACCCAGGAUUCUAUGUGGAGGCAAACCAGAUGCCUACAUUUAAGUGCACGGUAAAGGCGCUGUUUGAGUACAAGGCCCAGCGAGAUGACGAACUCUCGUUCUUGAAGAACGCUGUGAUCCAUAGUGUGGAGAAGCAGGAGGGUGGCUGGUGGAAGGGGGAAUAUGGUGGCAAGAAGCAGCUGUGGUUUCCAGCCAAUUACGUGGAGGAGAUCAGCCCGAGUGCACUUGAACCAGAGAGAUCUCCGCUGACCGAGAACAGCCCCCUGGGGGAACUGCUUAGAGGAAGCAUUGACGUGCCGUCCUGUCAGAUCGCGGUGCGCGCGGAUGGGAAGGGCAGUCGUCAUUUUGUCUUCACACUCGCCGUGGGCCCAGUGCAGAGGGCUGGCCAUGCGCUGGACAUCGCUGCCGACUCGCAUGAGGAGAUGCAGGACUGGGUGCUCAAGAUCCGUGAUGUGGCGGUGACUGCCGACGCCAGGCUGUCAGAAGGGAAGAUAAUGGAGAGGAGGAAGAAGAUUGCUCUGGAGCUGUCUGACCUCGUUGUGUACUGCCGGCCAGUCCCCUUCGACGAGGACAAGAUCGGCACGGAGCGUGCCUGCUACAGGGAUAUGUCCUCCUUUCCGGAGACCAAGGCUGAGAAGUAUGUCAACAAGAUCAAAGGGAAGAAGUUCCUGCAGUACAACAGGCUCCAGCUGUCCCGCAUCUACCCCAAGGGCCAGCGCCUGGACUCCUCCAACUACGACCCCCUGCCCAUGUGGCUGUGCGGGAGCCAGCUGGUGGCCCUCAACUUCCAGACCCCAGAUAAGCCCAUGCAGAUGAACCAGGCUUUAUUCAUGCUGAACGGGAAGAAAGGCUUUGUCCUGCAGCCGUCCAUCAUGAGAGAGGAGACCUUUGACCCCUUCGAUCGGAACUCCCUUCGGGGAAUGGAGCCAAUCACUGUCCAGAUUCAGGUGCUGGGCGCACGCCACCUCCCCAAGAACGGCAGGGGUAUAGUCAACCCUCUGAUCGAGAUUGAAGUGUGCGGGGCCGAGUACGACAGCGACAAGCAGAAGACUGACUCUGAAGCGGACAAUGGGCUGAACCCCACGUGGUCCCGAAAGCAGUUCCGUUUCAUCAUCUGUAACUCGGAGUUCUCUUUCCUGCGGUUUGUGGUGUACGAGAUCGACAUGUUCAACGACCAGAACUUCCUCGCACAAGCUACCUUCCCCGUCAAGGGACUCAAGACAGGCUAUAGAUCGAUACCUCUGAAGAACAGCUUCAAUGAAGAUCUGGAGCUGGCAGUUUUGCUUGUCCAUGUGGAGAUCUUCAGCGGCAGGCACGAGAAUGGGGAUGCGAACCCCUUUGUUGUUGCAGCCCAGUCAGUCCGGGAGAGGACCAGUGACCCCUCCUCCAGCCUUCACCUGGCGCAGUGCGGCCGGGAGGGAUCGCUCGAGACGCACUGCCAGACUGCACUCGAUGACUUCCGUCUGUCCCAGGAGCACCUGCUCGAGCAGGCCGACUCCAGAGACAGAAGAGAAGAGCUUGACAGACACGGGACAUUAGAAUACACCCAGCAUGUCAUGAACGCUGAAUAACAGUUGAUGCGAAGGACCCGAGUGAGUGGAGACAAUCGUUUGUAGACGAGACGGGGCCUGUUUCAAGUGCCUCCAGUACUGGUGAUGUCACUGACUGCUGUGAAAACUGGUUUCUAUGGAAAUGUUACCGCUUUGGCCUACAUUUCAGGCAGCUGUUCCUUGUUCUCACCUGUCCCAGGCCUCACAGAACUACGCUUGUGCAGAAAAGCCAUCAGUUACAAGAAAGAAUGCAUUUUAUCUGUCCUUGCUAAAAAUAAAAAUGUGGUUUUAAGCAUUAGUGGGUGAAGCAGAAAUUGCCCAAAAUGGCUGUUUUGAACACCAGUUUCAAGCUGAAAUCCUGUUGUUUUAUUCUGGAGAUGCCAAUAAUCUAUUUAUUCCUGUUCUGCUUGGCAAAUGCUUUUAACUAGCUAUUGAAACCCAUCUUCUUUUCAGGAAUAGCUAUAAGACUGUGUAACCCAGUAUUCUCCCUCAUGGCUGGUCAAAAAUUUGCAUUGACCACCUGGUUCUGGGUGGAUAAUCUGUUUGUAUGAAAAGAUGUGUGUAUUGGACAGUGAUAACUCUCAAUAGAUUCCUCUUGCUCUACUGCCUCAGCAAUCCAUUCCAGCCGGGAUUGGAACCUAUGGCCAGCUCUAAAGCACUUCAUGCUAAUCAGUUUGGCUACAGGAAGCUCAGUAAUUUGAGCCCUGACAUGCCACACAUGCUCUCUAGUGCAACAAAGCUUUUAAAAUCCAGGUCUGUCCUGAGGAGGCUGAUAAUAGUAGCUCCAGUGAGGAUUUGUUGUUUGAAACAUUUUAUUCUUCACCUAUAUCAUGAUUUGAAAGGUUGACCGUGUAACUAGAGUUGGUAUGUUCAAUAGAUACAGUGUGGAUUUAGCCUAUGCUUCAUUUUGUCUUAAAGUAAAAGAUGCAUGGUAGAGGACCUGAUUGUAGCUACUAUGUAUGAAUUAUAUGUUUGUUUGUUUUUUCUUAACUUUCUUUUUAUAUUGUGGCCAGCUUUUUUUUUUUUUUUUCAAAGUGAAGUUUUACCAGAUUUGUUUAUGCAUAAGCUUUUUAUGUUCUGGAGAUAAAGUUACAAAGCUCCCAGGAAAUGCAGUGAAUAAUGACAAUCCAAUUUGUUCUGUACACUAUCGCCUGACCAAAUAAUACAUGAGUCCUUCCCUACAGUCCGCACCUCUGAGCUCUUGUAUGUCUACCCCCUGUAUUAGGAUAACGUCAGACUUUUUUUUUUUUUUUUAAGCUAAGUGCUCUAAUAAUGUUGAAGUCUGAGUGGAUUGAAGAAGUAAUGUGUCUGUUUUUUUUUUUUUAACAGUGUGAUUACUUUCAGUCUGGGUGUUUUUUGCUUGCUUUUUAUUUAUUUACUCGCAUAAUUGCUUAUCAAACUUUUAUAGAAGCAUCAAACCAAUCACCUUGGAAUUGUUUCCUGUAGCUUGAAUAGGAAAAAAACCAAAAAGGAAAUUUAAAAAAAAAAUUUAUUAUGACUCUUCUAAUGCAAAUACAACUUUCAUACUCUCUUCCUAGACAAAUCUAUGCAAAACUGUGUAAAGUCCAGCUUUAAAUCGUUAUAGCUUGUACGCAGACCCUGAUUUAGCACUAAGCUUGUUCUACCUAAUGUGAACUAAGAUAGCCCAAUUGUAUUCUGUGCAACCAGCCAGCAGCAAUAAAGCAGGCAAGCACACUGUUCAAAAACACAAGCAGCUGUUGAGUGAGGGCGCUGCAGCUCUAAUAUUCAUGCCAAACAGACUAUCAGGUGAGAUAUUACUGGUCCUGUUAAUCCUUGUACAAUUACUAACCACCUAGCCAGUGUAUUUCUUGCCUGAGUUUUUUUUUUUAGUCUCGACUUUAUACCACGAUCUAUAUCAUGCCUUUGUGUGUGUAUAUUCCUAUUGCACAUUAACUAAUAACAGAUUAUACUGUAAACAUCUGCAAAUUAACACAUUAAAAGGAGACCUGAAGCCUGCAAAGUGGUCACACAAACAGCGCACCGGUGUGACUUUCUUCCUGUGUUCCUGGCACACCGAGCAGUGAUAAACCAGCACUCUGGGAACGUCUGCUUCAACUAGCCUAAGUGAUAGCACACUGAAACGUUUUGAGGAUGAUCUUGAACUCCUCCACCGUGGCAAAAUGAAGAGUCGAUUUGAAUGAAUUGUCUGUCUAGCCAGUCCAACAGCGAAAAACACACACAAAACAACCAAGCUCACUGUUCUGGGACGGACGGGUCGUCCUGCAGAAUUUCCGUUUGCAAGAGUUGAAUUAGUCACACUGCAGUUUUAGGAUGAUAAAACAUAAUGCAAAAUACUGAGUCAUGAUCGCAUCAUUGUAUUUCCUUCUGCUGUCAUUUAUUUUUCUGUGUUAUGUCAGUCUGGCUCUGAGAUCCCUGUGCUUAGUCGGCAAUGUGGGUAUGCAAACGGUUCUCCCAGUCACGAACACUUAGCCUGCCAGGGUUCCAGUGUUCUGCACACCUCUAGUCGAAUGUUAGCGCUGCACCUUUAAGGAGGGGUAGAAUGGCGUUGGUCAAGAAUUGGGAAGAGAAAAAAUGACCAAUUGGUAGUCUGGAAUUCUAAAUGAGGGGACCAAUAGGAGGGUAUAGUGUAUAUAAGUCAGCCGAGUCUGACUGCAUGUAUUGUUUAAAUGUGAGAGUGUUGUUUUUUUUAUUUAUUUUUUGAUACAGUGAGCAAUACGCAUCUGCCUGCAACGUUAUUUUUCGUUUUUUUUCAUGCCUGUAACUAAAAGGUACAUUUCCCCCGAGCCGAUCUUAUUUAGGGGGGAAAACCCAAUUGCUAUUUGAGAUUUUUCAAGAUUUAAAAAAUCAAUUACAUGUGUUGUCCAAUAUUGCCUGAGUAAGACUAAUUACGCUGCCUAAAAAUACCCUGUUUCUGAUGAAAUGACCACAAAGAUUGUACAUCAACCUGAUGGAAGUUUGAAUAAAAAUUCUGUCAAAACUAGGUUUGUGUUGUGCAACAAUAUCCCUGUUUCAGUCACUGCAGACUGACUUUACAUACCAAAAAAAUUUCCAAACCCUACGAGGUUUGGAAUGCUCGAUGUAUUAGGGACAAAAGGGCAGUUAACCACACGUAAUAAAAAAAAAACACACACAAAUGAAUAUUUCACAGGCUACUGAAAUUUAUAAAUUGCAGCUUUGUGCUUUUUAAAGCCUGCAAAGCUAGGAGCGUGCAAUAGUUUUCUUUCUUGUAAUGCAACUUUUGUUUUUCAGGGUUUAGGUCAAUAACCAGAUCAAUUCAAUUAAGCAGACUGCAUACACUGCUGCUGUUAAUCCAAACCACUGAACAUUGUUCUGUAUUCUUAAACCCACCGUACUGCAUUGGAAGAGGUGUUCUACAGCAACCUCUUGCUGUUUCCAUCAUGAAACCGUUAGAUUAGUUCUUAAAACUGGCCCAAUUUGUGACCAGAAAUAGGGAUACUGGGGCCGGGUGCUGCUUCCGUUCAUUAGCUUCAGUGUGCUUCCGUAUCUUGUGAAUUUGUUGGAUUUGUGUCAUUUAUUUUGUUGUCUCUUCUACUUAUAAAAAGAAGCCUUUCUGUACUGUGCCUAAGCUAAGGCAAAUGUACAUUUCAUGUUGCCUUUCAUAUGAAAACAUAUUCAGUCUGAGAAAUAAAUAAGUACUUCUCCAAAA